AUGAAUACAACUAAAGAAAAUCAAUACAAAAACAACAACAAAAAACAAAAAGAAGAAAAUGACACAAAUACAACCAAAGAGGCUACCAAGGAGCAAAAGAAAGAAAAGAAAGCCACUAACACUAAGCCUAAAUUCAGCACCCAAGAGGUUCGGAGGAAGAACUUCCUAAAUAGUCUCUCCGAUGCUGAGGCAGCUCUAUUUAUAGAGCAUGCAAAAGAUGACGAGGAACCCAGCACAAGCUCAGGCGUCUACCAUGCUCUCAGCGGGAUAGGUCCCGCAGCCGUAGCUUCACGGCAUCUCGUGACUCUACGAGGCGCCCUAGAUGACCGCCGGCGACUUGGCCUCAGUGGGGCAGCCUCGAAACGGUAUGUGAGGUACCUGCAAAAAGGUAAGACACCCGAGGUGGCUAGGGAACUGGCCCUUGCCAUACCGUCCUCAGGGCAGAAUAAAGCGACCGCACCCGCGAGCGAGCGGAAGGGCGGGCAUCAGUACAACAAGCAAGAGUACUCUCGCAAACAGACCACACCCGCCGACAGGCGCACGGGUGGGCACAACAGUGAUAAAGGUAGGGACGCACUCGCUGAUAAGCGGGGUAAGGGACACCACCAAGACAGGCGUAUCGGCGAGACCGCACCCGCUGGAAAGCGGAAGAGUGGGCAUGAUCGCAGAGACGUUAAGAAUAGCGACGAAGGUAAGAAGGAAAGGGGGUCUGACGAGAGCGCACCCGCUGCAAAGCGGAAGAGCGGGCAUUUAACACCCCAGACUCCCAAUCCGAAGAAUCAACGGGAGCAGCCACCACCUCAGGAAUCGGGACCCAAGGGUAGGCACUGGGAACCAACGUCGUCGCGGGGUGGGGGAGGGCAGACGCCUAGCUACUCGGAUGCUGUUAGGGGCAUCAGGGUGGCGGUACUGCCUAGAGACUACCUUGCGGAGGCGCUGAGUCCCGAGGAGUUGACUACCCUACAGGACGCUAUAACGGAUUAG